AUGGCAAUUGAAAAACUAAUGAUAUUGUCAACAGUAUUGUUGUCAACAUUAUUUGUGCGUAAAACCGCAGAGCAACGACAGUUAAUGCCGACUAUUCGCAUACCAUCAAUUAUAUCCUUAAAUCCACGAAGUCCAGUCAACAGAAAUAGUACCAUUCAAUCUCAACAACCAGGUCAACUGCUUCAACGACAAAAAAUGCAAUUGCGUAAUUUUCAACGCAUUAUUGGAUUAAAUCGUCAGGUAACAAAGCAACCAGUUUCAAUCAAUAAAAAAUUUCAAGAAAAUUUUGCUACAGCUAACUUUAAUAGCAAAGUACUUCAGAGGAAUACGAUACGUACGAGAGUGGAAAACGUGAAUACGAAUGAAAGAAGAGGAAACAUACGUAAAAAUGCUCAACCAUUAUUAAUUUCUACUCCAUCCACACUCAAUGAUCAAUUUCAAUUGAUCACAUUGAGAAAUAAAUCAAAACAGCCACAAUUUGUUCGUCUUCGAAAGUUACAUGGUCAAACUUUCUCAGGAAAAAUGAAUAAAAUUCCGGAUCAGGAACAAAUACAGCUUCCAUUACAAUGGUCUAAUUUUAGACAUAGAUUGUUUAAUUCCUCAAAUCAACUUCUUCCAUUCGUUCUAGAAAUGAAUACAACAAGUCGUUUGCUCCAUCUAACAACCACUAAAGCACCUGAACCACCACUUAUACAAUUUGAAAAAAAUUUUGACUUAGAAAGUAAACAACUAAAAUUAAUUAAUCACAAUGAAUUUCAUCAACAGACUGCAACUUUAACAACAAUUGCUAUUUUUGAUGAUAAAAGUAGUGCUAUUAAAGUAUUACCAUUUGAACAACAAUCACAACAUGUAACAUUUCAAAAUGUGAAGCAAAAUUCCGCAGUGACAGAAUUGAUGUCUCCUCCAAUAGAGGCUCAUACUUCACCGCCAUUUACUAUGCACUCGUCACUUCCUAUUGCGCAACCGAACUCAGGUUUACCACAAACUUUAUCACUCAGCGCCGCGCAACCAGGCCCAAGUUUAAGUUUAUCAGUUAGUGCUGCGCAACCAGGUCCAGUUUUACCACAAAGUUUACCAGUCAGUGCUGCGCAACCGGGAUUACCACAAAGUUUACCAGUCAACGCUGCGCAACCGAGGUUACCACAAAAUUUAUUAGUCAGUGCUGCGCAACCAGGUCCAGUUUUACCACAAAGUUUACCAGUCAACGCUGCGCAACCGAGGUUACCACAAAAUUUAUUAGUCAGUGCUGCGCAACCAGGUCCAGUUUUACCACAAAGUUUAUCAGUCAGUGCUGCGCAACCGGGAUUACCACAAAGUUUACCAGUCAACGCUGCGCAACCGAGGUUACCACAAAAUUUAUUAGUUAGUGCUGCGCAACCGAGCUCAGGUUUACCACAAAGUUUAUCAGUCAGUGCUGCGCAACCGGGAUUACCACAAAGUUUACCAGUCAACGCUGCGCAACCGAAGUUACCACAAAAUUUAUUAGUCAGUGCUGCGCAACCGAGCUCAGGUUUACCACAAAGUUUAUCAGUCAGUGCUGCGCAACCGGGAUUACCACAAAGUUUACCAGUCAACGCUGCGCAACCGAGGUUAUCACAAAAUUUAUUAGUCAGUGCUGCGCAACCAGGUCCAGUUUUACCACAAAGUUUAUCAGUCAGUGCUGCGCAACCGGGAUUACCACAAAGUUUACCAGUCAACGCUGCGCAACCGAGGUUACCACAAAAUUUAUUAGUCAGUGCUGCGCAACCGAGCUCAGGUUUACCACAAAGUUUAUCAGUCAACGCUGCGCAACCGAGGUUACCACAAAAUUUACCAGUCAACGCUGCGCAACCGGGAUUACCACAAAGUUUACCAGUCAACGCUGCGCAGCCGGGAUUACCACAAAGUUUACCAGUCAACGCUGCGCAACCGAGGUUACCACAAAAUUUAUUAGUCAGUGCUGCGCAACCGAGCUCAGGUUUACCACAAAGUUUAUCAGUCAGUGCUGCGCAACCGGGAUUACCACAAAGUUUACCAGUCAACGCUGCGCAACCGGGAUUACCACAAAGUUUACCAGUCAACGCUGCGCAGCCGGGAUUACCACAAAGUUUACCAGUCAACGCUGCGCAACCGAGGUUACCACAAAAUUUAUUAGUCAGUGCUGCGCAACCGAGCUCAGGUUUACCACAAAGUUUAUCAGUCAGUGCUGCGCAACCGGGAUUACCACAAAGUUUACCAGUCAACGCUGCGCAACCGGGAUUACCACAAAGUUUACCAGUCAACGCUGCGCAACCGGGGUUGCCACAAAAUUUACCAGCCAACGCUGCGCAACCGGGAUUACCACAAAGUUUACCAGUCAACGCUGCGCAACCGGGAUUACCACAAAGUUUACCAGUCAACGCUGCGCAACCGGGGUUACCACAAAGUUUACCAAUCAACGCUGCGCAGCCGGGAUUACCACAAAGUUUACCAGUCAACGCUGCGCAACCGGAUUCAAAUUUAUCAGUUAGUGCUGCACAACCGGGCUCAGGUUUACCACAAAGUUUAUCAGUCGGUGCUGCACCACCUGGUUUCUUACCACCAAAUGAUGAAGUGGUUGCGCAAUUGAACGAUGCUCAAAAUUUCCGUGCUUUAGCAAAACUUAUGCAACUUAAGCAACAUUUUACUAGAGAUAGUACGAAUUAA